ACCAGAAGUGAUCUUCCUCCUCCAUAUACUCUAGCCUUUUCAUGACACUAACUUAUAGUUCACUGUUUACCUGUUGGUGUAACAGCAAAUUAUAAAUAGUAGUUUUCAACAUACUUCUAAGGCUAAAUUCAUUUCCAAGAGUAGCAAAGCUUACUAGCCAAAGGCUCCACAUUUAUCAACUCUUAAAAGCUAGACUUGAGAGCCUCAUAGCCUAUAUGAUUUUGAGUAAAUUAAUCUCUGUACCUCAGCUGUUUCAUCUGCAAAGUGAGAUAAUUGUACUAUUCUGCUUUCCUCAUAGUGCAGUUAUAACAGAUUGUGAUCAUAAUUACAAAGUACUUAAUACUUGGCAUGUAGUAUAUAUAUUAGCUAUUAGUAUUUUGCAAUUUGGGGAUAUUGAAAAUUAGAAGUUGCGUGUUGCUUCAUGCUACACUACCAUAUUGUUCUUUUGGGGCUCUUCAAUGGGUGAAAUUGCAUUUUACAGUUUAUCAUGUGCAUCUGUGUCACAGGAGUAUUUUGGCAAAAUGAUUCUGUACCAAAAAGGAGUACUAUAAAAUGAGGGUGCCAAAUAUAUUGAGUCUUUUAUGGGAUUAAAAGUUCUGUCGCAUUCCAUUUUCUUUGGCAUCGAGAAAGCUUACCAUGCAGUACAGAAGGUAUGAUUUGGUUCAUGUGUUUCUGAGAAAUGGAACCUUUCCAGGAAGCCUGGUGGCUCUUAUCUGGGAGUUUAGCACAGAUAGACUUGGCCACACUGUGACCUAUAACAUGGUGUUUACCUUACUAAGCAGCACUAAACAUUUGCAUAUUUGACCAUUUUUAUGCAGAUCCUUCCAAAUGGACUACAUGGAUCCAUGGAACCUGAUUUUAGCUUCACUUCAUUGCCCUAAGCCCGAGUCUGUGGGGGACAGGAAGAGGCGGAAUCUGUACACUGUAAUUAUUCAAAACCCAAGACUGAUGGAAGAGCCACCGUCUCACAUAAUGCCAGUCGCCUUCUGGAAGAAGAUUGAUCCCACUGGCAAUGAAAUGCUGGCCCGGGAAGUGAUUCCCAUCGCUUUGGUUCACAACUCAGUUACCAGAACUAAUCUCAUGGCCCCAUCUAACUACAGAAGGUCAGGAAUUGUCCAGAACAAGGGAGAACCAGAAAUAUCUUGGCAAGUGGCACCAAUGACUAACACAGUUACCUUUGCAGCUAGACAUAAAAUAGUUAAACCUCUUUUUCUUGUUAUGUCAAUGUUAGGCAUCAUUUCCAGACUCCUCAUUUUGUAAGAUGCAAUUGUUACUGUUACUAGCAGCUUCUUUGCCUUCUAUCUUUCCUCCAGCUUUGGUUCCUGACUUCUUUCAGUUAUACUUUUCCCCACCCCAAACCUUUUUUUUUAUUUUUUGUUAGGUUUGCUAACACUCCCAUACAUUUCAGUA